AUGGCCCUCGUGCCCAGUGCGACGCGGCAGUGGACGCCAGCGGCCACUGCCACAUACGCGUGUGCAAGCCGGCGCUACGCAUUCGUCGCUCUCGAGUACAUUGACUGCGUCGUUCUUCAGCUCUGGAAGAACGAGGCGUCGCCCGAGAAUGACUGCCCGUCGUCGGCCAUGCCAGGGCUUGUCGAGCUCGGCGGGCACACGGAGCGCGUGCACCUUGCCAGCUUCCACGAAAGCUCCGCUUGUGACACUUUAUGCACCGUAUCGACGGACCGAGUCCUUCUGUGGCGCCUCGUGCCUGCACCGUACGACAAGAUUGAAAUCCAGAAGCUUCCGUUGACCGAGUCGCCUCGCGCCGAAGUGUCGGCGAUUGCGUUCGAUGCGUCGGGCACGCUCCUCGCUGUGGCCUUGGGCAAGCAGGUGGAUGUGCUCCAAGCGCAAACGGGCGGCAUCUUCAUCACACUCGAGGGUCAUCUCGCCAAGAUCACAGAGUGUCUUUUCCACCCGUGCCAUCCGCACUGGCUCGUGACGGCGUCGGAAGAUCGGACCUAUAAAAUUUGGGACCUCUCGGAGCAAAAGCUCUUGUUUCAAUCUGCCGUCCUCUCGGCGUACGCGAUAUUGCGUCUCGCUGUGCACCCUGUGUCGGGCGACAUUGCGUGUGCCUUUGGUGAUGGCGUCGUCCGCGUCUUCGACGCAACAAAGUUUGGGAAUGAGCUCGCAUCCGCAAAUCUGGCCCAGUACCUCGAUCGCCGGGAAAAGAAACAACAUGUCGCACAACAAGUGGAGAAGGUGCUCGAGGCGACUCAAAACGUAGUGAGCUCGUUGCCGCCGUGGGCUCGGAGCCAACGCGCGUACGAAAGUGCUCAGGCACGGGCCCUCGCCAAGGCCAACGAGUCACUCGACCCGACCCCCGUGGUGCUCCCAGGUAUGGAGCACCUCAUGGAGCCGAUGCACGAAACCACGUGUACGAUCUUGGGACUGGCAUACAUGGCUUCGUCUGCCACAGCUACGCCACCCGAAACACUGCUCGACGUGCAGCCCAUCGUGGAGGCGGCUCACACUCUUCUUGUUGCAACCGUCAACUACCUCGUGGGCAUCAACGCUUUCUCGUACGACACGCGCGUCAUACGCGCCUUCCAAGACGAGGUUGAGGUGUCCAUGGGCAUCGCCAAGCACGCGUCAUUGCGCCCCGAGCCCGGCCGCUGCGACGUCUGGGUACUGGACGCGUUCAUGCCCCGGGUCACGGCCCUCAGUGUUGCGGCGGCGCAUCACGCUCUUUCGCAGUCCUCAUUGGCUACGACGCACGGACUCUCGAUGCACCCGCAAACGUCGCCACCAGAGGGCUCCGUCUUGGUGCAGCUGCUAACGCCGUUGGCCAAGCGCACCAAGAGCCCACUCGAUCAGCCAAUAACGUACCGGACGUCAAUUCCAUCGUCCGGGUACGGUGCAGAGAAGAAGCCCAAGUCACUCUCGCUCCGCUUCAAGGGCCUUGGUAAAGCCAAGUUGCCGGCGAAGGUCAGCACAAAGAGUGCGACGUUGCUGACCGAGUACCCGCUGGACGCGCCCGUGCCGUCGGCACUUGUGUCGUCGCACGUCAAGCUGCACGAAAUGGCGAUCAACCACAUUGAAUUCUCCAAUGACGGGCGUCGGCUAGCGACGGCCGCGAACGACCGGCUGGGCCAAGUGUUAGCACUUCACAAGCCACAGUCGCAUCUCUUUGUGGGCCACGACAAGGCUGUGCGCGCGAUCCAUUGGAGCCACUCAAACAAGCUACUAGUGACAGCGUCCGCCGAUGCUACGGCAUGCGUGUGGGUCAACGGCAGCGACGUUGCGUCGCUCACGCUACCUCUUCCAUCCGCGUCCAAACGCGCCAAGAAGCCCGUCAAGGCGGACGUUGCCGAUGCUGUCUUUUACUAUAUGGACAAAUUUGUCGCGGGCAAGCGCGCCGACGUCGCACAACUCGAGAAUCUCUCGACUGCCAAAGCCGUCGCGUCCUACCGCUUCGAAGCUGUCCAGAGUCUCACUGGUCUCGCUGCGCAUAACGCGUUCUUGUCGCACCUCCUAGUGGCAACGGGCUCGGACAAGAGCAUCCGCAUCGUGGAUGUUGCCGUUGGAAAAACAGCGCGCACGAUCCACGGAGCCCACUCGCGGCCGGCGCACUCGGUCGUCUUGCCCCGCGCGUCGAGCUACGUGAAGCAUGCGCCCAAUGUAUAUGACCUCUUGCUCACGAGCGCGCCGGACAGCACCGUGCACCUCUGGGACAUCCGCGCUGACAACUGCAUCAUGCGCUUCGGUGAGCAUCUCAACCGAGUACAUGCCCUUGGCGCGGCCUUUAGCCCGUGCAUGCGGUACGUGGCGACGGGCUCGGAAGACAAGGUGGCGUACGUCUACGAUAUUCGCAUGGGCCGCAGCCUCGCCAAGCUGCAUGGACACACGGACGUCGUCACGAGCGUUGCUUUCCAUCCCGUGCGACCCCAAAUUGCGACCGCAGCCCUCGAUGGCAGCGUUGAGGUCAUCUUGCGGGACAUGGCACUCGAGUACGCCCAUGAGCUCGCGCACCUUGCCGCCGAAGCGGCGCAGCACCGCGGGUCGGACCGUGUUGAGGCCAAGGACGUCGUGUUCGGCGCCCGUACGCACAGACCGCCGUCGCACACCAAGCAGAAAUCAGCCAUGGCCUCCAGCGUGGCCAAGGACUAGCAAGAGCAAACAAG